AUGAUGUUACGCUCAACCACUAGAGCCACGCUCUUCAAGGCUGCUUCUUUGCAUGCCACUAAACCAACCAUGUUUGCUCGUUUCAAUUCCACCCAAUCUUUGGUAUCGGAGGUCAGAGAUUUACCGCAAUUAACAAGCAUUAUCAACUCGAAGGAUAAAGUUUCUGUUGUUGAUUUCUAUGCCACCUGGUGUGGUCCUUGUAAGGCUAUUGCUCCUAUAUUUGAGACAUUGGCCCAAAGAAUCCCCGAAGUGCAGUUUGCAAGAGUCGAUGUAGACCGUGCCACGGAUGUUGCUGCUGAAUAUGGCAUUACUGCCAUGCCUACAAUCUUGUUUUUCCAAGAUGGCUUGAAGGUUGAUACAAUUGUCGGUGCAAAUGUUCCAAAGCUAGCAAAGUUAAUCCAAGAUUAUUCGGGUGUGGAUGUUAAACUGAGAUAG